GUUGUCCUUGUGAUUCUACUGUUCUGCCAAGGGUUGCCUGAACACCAGUUCUGGUUAACCCCCGUACUCCCUCUCACUCCGCCUCCACUUCCUGUUCGGACUCCAUGCUUUGCCUGGUCCCGUCAACCCGCAUGACGGGCCCUUACACCGGCAUCCUUUGCGCAGUGUCACGGGAGCCAGUCCGUGACAGGUUGUUGUCUUUUGGACCAUCACAACUUGCCUGCACAGUGAAAUCGGCGACAAGUUCACCCAGCAUUGGGAAAGUCACCCCAUCUCCCUCCAAUGCCCAUGGAAGGGCUGUGGAAAACACUUUUCUAAUGCAGGUGACGCAACGACUCACCUGGGCAACCACUACCACUGCCGGGUGAGGAAGGCACCAACGGCGCCGGUGUGUCUGGUGGCUCGAGGCGGAACUGCUUGCGGCCACUGGUAGACAUAUGUGGAACUGCUUGCGGCCACUGGUAGACAUAUGUGUAUUCGGGGCUGGCUGCAUAGUAUUCAUGCCAUCGAAGACAGCGCUCGCCAUGCCGAGGUCUACCAUGGGAUCCUCGGCCGUGUCAAGUCCGCUCCAGGUAUUGACAUUGAGUGGUGUCCAGAGCGCGCUUGCGCAGUGCUCGGCUUCGCCGAACGCCGUAGCCCACGCCGAGUGGCACAUGGCUGCCACUGUCGCCAAUGACGUUGGCCCUCUCGCUUUCCAGACGGUCGGCCACGUCAUCGACACGGCCACAAAGGCGGCAACAACGUUCAGGUGUGCAUGGUGUUUCUUCAACACUGAAGAGGUACCGGAGUUGAGGCGACAAUCAUUCCACUCCAUCAGCGCCUGCCAAAACCACAACAUGGGGCACUUGAGUCAGCUCAAGCCCACUGACUCGUGCCCCUUUGUGAAAUGCCAGUACGCCGCAACUCGCGAGAACCUUGUCGCGCAUCUGUGGGAGAUAGAAGGCGAAGUGUGA